GAGAUACGUGUAGCUUCAGCUGGCUCAGCGUUAGCAACACUUAGCUCGACGGAGGCGCAACAAGCUCCGGGGGGGAAAUAAAAAAUAAUAAUACAAGUACUCCGUCUUGAUUUGGUUCUCCCCCCUCUCCUCCCCGGUUGGAUUUAACGAAACCCCCGUGUAUGGGCCCACACCUCAGGAUUAACGGUUGAAGCCCACGCAUCGUUCGCCCGACGCGGUGCUGUGGUGAUGGCGCGGUCAUGUGUGCAGCCGGCACCGUGCGUCUGGAGAUGGUUUUAACAGACGGCGCUCUGGAGGACUCAGGAACACUGCACUGGCCUGGAGAAGCCUCAUAAUACACACACACACACACACACACUAGAAGAUUCACACGUCCCCUCCGCCACCGUCGUGCCUUGAGAAAAGGACACACACUUCACCUGAAGAGCACACACACACACACACACACACACAUUUCCACCCGUCUGUAAUCGGCCCCCCGCCGCCGCCGCCAUGCCGAGCUCCACCAUCCGCCGCCAGAUGAAGAACAUGGUGAACAACUACUCGGACGCCGAGAAGAAGGUGCGCGAGGCCACGUCCAACGACCCGUGGGGCCCGUCGUCCUCGCUCAUGACCGAGAUCGCCGACCUCACGUACAACGUGGUCGCCUUCAGCGAGAUCAUGAGCAUGAUCUGGAAGCGGCUCAACGACCACGGCAAGAACUGGCGCCACGUGUACAAGGCGCUCACGCUGCUCGACUACCUGAUCAAGACGGGCUCCGAGCGCGUGGCGCUGCAGUGCAAGGAGAACAUCUUCGCCAUCCAGACGCUGAAGGACUUCCAGUUCAUCGACCGCGACGGGAAGGACCAGGGCAUCAACGUCCGGGAGAAGAGCAAGCAGCUGGUGGUGCUGCUGAAGGACGAGGAGCGGCUCAAGGGGGAGAGGUCUCAGGCGCUGAAGACCAAGGAGCGGAUGGCCCAGGUUUCCACGGGCAGCAGCCAGAUGGGCUUCGGCCGCGGCUCGUCUCAGCCCAACCUCUCCACCUCCUACAGCGAGGAGUACGGCCGGUCGGAGGGCUCGCCGGCCUCCUACCACGGCUCGGCGGGCUCUCUGCGGGGCAGCGGCGUUAACACGGGCUCUGCAUGUGUCUUGUCAGCCACGUCUCCCAACGCGGGCUCCGAGCUGGAGCAGGCCCGACCCCAGACCAGCGGGGAGGAGGAGCUGCAGCUGCAGCUGGCUCUGGCCAUGAGCCGAGAGGCGGCGGAGCAGGAGGAUCGCGUCCGCAGAGGGGAUGACCUGCGGCUCCAGAUGGCCCUGGAGGAGAGUAAGAAAGGAGGACCAGAAUCAGGAAAGCUGUCCAAGAAGAAGAGAGAGCCUCAGUCCUCUCUGAUGGACCUGAUGAACGUCCCGGAGCCCAGUCCCAGUGCCGGCGCCAGCGCCGACCCCUGGGGCGCUGGGCGCGCUGCCGGUGGCACCGCCGCCGCCCCGGCGGACCCCUGGCACUCCUACGGGUCUGCUCCUAAGCCGGCCUCCCCAGUGGACCCGUGGGGGGCCAAUCCCUCGGUCCCGCCCAUGAAGAGCAGUGAUCCCUGGGCGUCGAACUCCACUCCUGCCGCCGACCCCUGGGGCUCCGCCUCCACCCAGCCCAAGACCUCCAACACAGGUAACUUUGACCUGUUCAAUGCAUCCAACGGCGAUGUGGGCGGGGCCUCGAUCCUCUCGCAGGCCAGCCUCGCCAGCAGCGGCAGCCUGGACCUCUUUGACCCGCUGCCCGGCUUCAACAACCCCACCAGGAAGACCCCCGAGUCCUUCCUGGGCCCCAACGCCGCGCUGGUCAACCUGGACUCCCUGGUCACCAAGCCGGCCCAGCCGCCGCCCGUCGUCAACCCGUUCCUGUUGUCGACAGGCGGCUCCGCUGCAGCCGUGGCGGCGGCGGCCCACGCCAACCCCUUCCAAGUGAGCCAGCCGGCGCCGCCCACCCUCAACCAGAUGCGGGUCAGCCCCAUGCCCUCCGGCUUCGGCGCCGCGGACGCCGCCUCGCUGCCGCCCGGCAUGGGCAUGUCCCUCCCACAGCCCCUGAUGAGCAUGCAGCCACAGGCCGGGGGGGCGGCGGCCGGCGGGACCACCAACCCCUUCCUGUUGAUCAAAGGGAAGGGUGGGUUGUGUGUGUGUGUGUGUGCGCGCGCACUUUGCAUGAGAGAUACGUUUAGCUUCCAAGUGUACUUUUAAUAAGCGUCUUCAUGAUUUAGUUUUCAUUUCUCACUCAUUUAAGUGGAAAAAUGUUUAAAAAGUCAAAACGGGGGGAUAAUGUAGACGUCUGCAGCCUUAAGAGUGUGUGUGUGUGUGUGUGUGUGCGCGUUGUGUGUGUGUGUGUGUGUAUCCACACAUCGAGGAGUGUUGCUGCGGUUUCAAGAGCACGUCGGCCGCUCGGCGUCGUGAAGAGAGUUCAUCUCCCGAGGGGAUUUACUGCGGCUAAUCUACCCACAAGAACAUCACCUGGUGGACACACACACACACACACACACACACACACACACACACACACACACACAGCAAACAACAGCGAGACGUGUCGUGUAAACAGCAGUUUGUGACUUUUUUGUUUUUUUGUUAUUUACUCAGAUGUAAAUCCAGAGCCGUGCACCAUCCUCUCUCUCUCUCUCUCUCUCUCUCUUUUCUGUCAUUGUAUUUUGUUUUUCCACCCUAUGGGAUGUCAUCCUCGUCUCUCAGAAGCACAACUGUCACCAAAGCGACUGUGAUUUCGGAGAGUGUCGUACUUUGAGUAGUUUGAAGCGUAGGGUCGCACUUCACUGACGUUUUCUUCUUCUGUUUAUGGAUUCAUUGUUAUGAGCGUUUUAUAUUUCAGAGAUAUUUUACAGUCGGUUCGGGAUCGAUGGAGGAAAGUGUUGCCGUUGGCCGAGUGUCGUCUCGAUGAAAUGGAGCCGAUGGGUUCUUCUCCGCGGGUCACGUGCUCUCCUGGUGGGUUCUGUGUAUCACUGCCAGUGUUCUGCGGACGGGGUGUUUAUUUCCUUGUGGGUGUGAGUUGGCGCCCCCUCCUGGGCUGCUGUGGUAAGACAGCUCCGCCGCGGGACCCUCUGUGUUUCCACUAAACACAGACCUUCAUUUCUCUCAGGCAAAAGGAGGGGCAGCUCCAACCGUGUGUAUGAUUUUAAAAGAUGAUGAUGACUUUUAUGCUUUCGGCGGGGGGUCCGGAAUGAAUGGAUGCGACACUUAACAUGCAGACCAGCAGACAUUUUUAAUCUCAACUAAAUAUAUGCAAAAAUUUGGAGUUGGAAAAAGUAAAAAAAAAAAAAGUCGACGUUUGAUUUUUUUUUUUUGGGGUUUCGAUUUGCUAAUAAAGUCUUUUGUUUAUUGAAACGCCACCACGACGCGUCACUCUCGUCGGCUUCGGUUCCACUGCGGCCUGACCUUCUGACCUCUAAAAGGUCGUUAUGGAUGCAAUGAAAUGGCAGCAGCCUGCGUGUAUUCAUGUGUUCAUCUGCAUAAACAGCCUCUUUAACCCGUUCAUGUCUAUUAACCCUUCUCAUAAUACCGGGAGCAGGCGGCUUUUCUUUUUAUCGGCUACGUGCUCAACCUGUUGGCAUUAUAACUGUAUAAUAUAAUUUAUCAUUUGUACUAUUGUAACAUACUGUUCCUCUGUAUACCUUUUUUAUUAUUCUGUGUAAUGGGGUUGGUUUUUUUUGUAGGAAAAAGUACACCGUGGUAUUUUUUAACGUCAUCUAAACAAACGGGCGACUGUGGUUGGUUCCAAAAUAAAAUAAAAGUGUAUCACUCCGGCUCCGUCACUCCA